GCUAGUAAUAAGGUGACGAGUGAUGAGAAUAUAUAUGGCAGGUGAUCCUGAAGUGCAAUUGCGACAACGCUAUAUAGUAUAUAUACUUCCAUAUUGUGAAAUGGUUUAUAUAUAAUAUAGAGUUAACCUCUGGCAUGCUAUAUUGGUGCUGCUAUAAUCGGAAAAACCAACAAAUACUGAUAUACCCGUAGGCGGCGACGGCAGCCACGAUGGAUCUGCCUUCCAAAACCACCGCCGCCUUCCCCUACCCCCUCCCUGUCGACUCCCUCCACCGCGCCACCCAAUUCCGCCCAUUCUCCCUCUCCGGCCCCCACAUGCGCGCCUUCCAUCUCGCCUGGCUCUCCCUCUUCUCCUGCUUCUUCUCCACCUUCGCCGUCCCGCCCCUCCUCCCCGCCAUCCGCCGCGACGUCCUCCUCUCCGACGCCGACGUCGGCUCCGCCGGCAUCGCCGCCUUCGCCGGCUCCAUCCUAUCCCGCCUCGCCAUGGGUCCCGCCUGCGACCUCUUUGGCCCCCGCGCCGCCUCCGCCGCCAUCUCCCUCGUCACCGCCCCCGCCGUCCUCUCCCUCGCAUUCGUCUCCUCCCCCGCUGCCUUCAUCGCCGCCCGCUUCUUCAUCGGCUUUUCCCUCGCCAACUUCGUCGCCUGCCAGUUCUGGAUGAGCUCCAUGUUCUCCGGCAACGUCGUCGGCGUAGCCAACGGCGUCUCCGCCGGCUGGGCCAACGUCGGCUCCGGCCUCACCCAGCUCAUCAUGCCCCUCAUCUACUCCUUCCUCACCGCCACCGCGAAAAUCUCCUCCUCCACCGCCUGGCGCGCGGCCUUCGUCGUCCCGGCCGCUCUGCAAGUCGCGACGGCGCUCAUGGUCCUCGCCUUCGGUCAGGACCUUCCCCACGGAAAAUACCGACGAAAACAGAAAUCGGAUUCGUCGGGAAAUUCAUUAAUGAGUGUCUUAUUCAAUGGGCUCAAGAAUUAUAGAGGUUGGAUUUUAGGGUUGACGUAUGGUUUCUGCUUCGGGGUGGAAUUGACGACGGAUAAUAUCAUCGACGAGUAUUUCUACGAGAGGUUCGGGGUGGACAUGGCUGCGGCGGGGGCGAUCGCGGCGAGCUUUGGGCUGGCGAACGUGGUGUCGCGGCCGGCGGGAGGGGUGGCGUCGGACGCGAUGGGAAGGAGGUUCGGGAUGAGGGGGCGGCUGUGGAGUUUGUGGGCGGUGAUGACGGCGGCGGGGUUGCUGUGUUUUUGGCUGGGGCGCGUCGCCACCUUGUGGGGCUCCGUUAUGGUGAUGUGUUGUUUCUCCUUUUUUGUGCAAGCCGCCUCGGGGCUUACCUUCGGAGUUGUACCUUUCGUUUCCACCAGGUAUCUGGGAGUAAUUUCAGGCAUGACAGGCAGCGGUGGAACAAUGGGUGCAGUAUUCACACAAUAUUUGCUAUUUUCAGGCACAAAAAGAAUUUCGACAGAAACAGGAAUCUCAGUUAUGGGAUUGAUGAUGAUUGUUUGUGCUCUUCCAAUCACCCUACUUUACUUCCCUGAGUCUGGAGGAAUGCUUUGUGGCCCUAAUUCAUCACAAAUACAAUCUUAUGACGAUGAUCAAUAUCAAAACUUGCUUCCAUCAACCACUACAUAAAUUUUGUUUCAUACAGUAGUAUUUUUAGUUUAUUUGGUCGUUUUCAUAAGUGAUUAUGUCAUCUACAUUGAUGGCCUAUGUCGACCAUCAAAUAAAGAAAGAGAUUCCGUCACGGAUACUUCUUUGUUUUGGUAUAUUCACGGGAAUUUUUUAUCUUUAUUGAAUACAAUUACACACGCCUUAUCGCUGUGGGUCUUGUUUAUAGGAAAAUCUGUGUAAUUAAUAUUCGAUAAAUUGGUAAUAAAUUCUUUAAAGUUAUAAA